UGCGAUGAGGAAUGAUCCCGUGUGGAUGUGAUUUCUCCCUCCGCAGGACCUGCCUCGCCUGUCGCUCUGUCACUGGGUUUGUAUCGUACAUCCUUACCGAACGAUACGAUCGGUUCUGCUUUUGGUCUGACUCGAAGUCCCAACAUCGAACUGCUUGCUCUAGAACAAGACCCGAAGGCAUAGGAAAUGUUCUCCACCAUAUGCCUAAAAAGGCUGCUCCUACUCGGAUAUGUCAUCCUCCCAUUGGUAAUCAUCAGACUCCUGGAAAUCCACGGCUGGUUCCUGCACGGAAAAAUCGCCCAUUCCUCCUCCGUCGUCGAUCCCAAGACGCUGAGCGCUAGUGAGCUGAAGGCCCUGGUGGGCACCCGCGGAUUAGAUGGCGCAGGCGCUGUAGAGAAGCAAGACUUGAUGCAGCUGUUGGAGAGCACUGGAAAGCCGACCAACGGGGAGCUCCAGGAAGCAAUCGGCUGCCACGACCCCAAGAACGACGUCUUCUCGUUCUCAUUCGAAUUGCAUACCUCAAUGAUGUCCAUGACGCAGACGAUGUCUGGCUCGUUCGGGUGUUUUUCAUUCACCCCACCCGACCCACCCAAUUGCUUUGCCCUCCGGGCAAAGCAAUUGGGUGGGUCGGGUGGGGCUCUCUACAAGAAUAUUCAAUGGGAACUGAGGCAGCACUUGCACGACAUCCGAUCGCUGAAGGAACUGGAAUCGGAGUGGCUGAAUACCUCAAGUCAAGCGGACGGGAAGCCCCUGCGUGUGGUGUUCUUCACGGAUGCCCAGGCGGUUCCUCUGUCCCUGGCGGUUUUGAGUGUCAGACACGCAAAAGGAAUUCAGGUUGGAGUCUUCUCGUCAUCCGAAGAGACGGAGAAGGAAGAAGUGUCUCGACCUGCCUCGUCUGUCGCUCUGUCACUGGGUUUGUAUCGUACAUCCUUACCGAACGAUACGAUCGGUUUUGCUUUUGGUCUGACUCGAAGUCCCAACAUCGAACUGCUUGCUCUAGAACAAGACCCGAAGGCCAAGGAAAUGUUCUCCACCAUAUGCCAAAAAAGGCUGCUCCUACUCGGAUAUGUCAUUCUCCCAUUGGUAAUCAUCAGACUCCUGGAAAUCCAAGGCUGGUUCCUGCACGGAAAAUUUGCCCAUUCCUCCUCCGUCGUCGAUACCAAGACUCUGAGCGCUCGUGAGCUGAAGACCCUGGUGGACAGACGCGGAUUGGAUGGCGCAGGCGCUGUAGAGAAGCAAGAUUUGAUGCAGCUGUUGGAGAGCACUGGAAAGCCGACCAACGGGGAGCUCCAGGAAGCAAUCGGCUGCCACGACCCCAAGAACGACGUCUUCUCGUUCUCAUUCGAAUUGCAUACCUCAAUGAUGUCCAUGACGCAGACGAUGUCUGACGGUGAUCUCUUCCAGGCUAUGCCAGAGAAGAAAUUGGCGGAAGCCAUGUAUCAUCUUUGCAUCGGGUCAUAG